AGCGCGUCACGCCGCCCGCGCUCCGCCCCCCGCUCCUGCUCCUGCUGCCGGCGCCGCCGCCGCCAGCUCGGCCCGGCGCGGGCGGGAGGGCGGGCGGCGCAGCCAUGGAGCCCGAGUGCCGGGUGCUCUCCAUCCAGAGCCACGUCGUGCGCGGCUACGUGGGCAACAAGGCGGCCACCUUCCCCCUGCAGGUUUUGGGAUUUGAAGUUGAUACGGUGAACUCUGUCCAGUUUUCAAACCACACAGGUUAUGCCCACUGGAAGGGUCAGGUGUUGAAUUCAGAUGAACUUCAUGAACUGUAUGAAGGACUGAAGCUGAACAAGGUCAACCACUACGAUUAUGUACUCACAGGGUAUACAAGAGAUACAUCAUUUCUUGCAAUGGUGGUGGAUAUUGUCCAGGAGUUGAAGCAACAGAAUUCCAACCUUGUAUAUGUGUGUGAUCCAGUGAUGGGUGACAAAUGGAAUGGAGAAGGCUCUAUGUAUGUGCCCAAGGAUCUCCUGCCAGUCUACAGGGACAAAGUUGUACCUGUUGCAGAUAUAAUUACUCCUAACCAGUUUGAAGCUGAGUUACUCACGGGCAGGAAGAUUUACACCGAAAAAGAUGCUUUAGAGGUAAUGGAUAUGCUCCAUGCCAUGGGACCAGAGACUGUGGUGAUCACAAGCUCAGAUCUACAGGCACCUCUGGGAAAUGACUACUUAAUUGCUCUGGGAAGCCACAGAAAAACUAAAGCAGAUGGUACCAGGAUAACACAAAGAAUUCGAAUGGAGUCUCCUAAAGUGGAUGCUGUCUUUGUUGGAACAGGAGACCUGUUUGCUGCUAUGCUUCUGGCAUGGACACACAAGCAUCCAAACAAUUUGAAGGUGGCAUGUGAAAAGACUGUGUCAGCCAUGCAGCAUGUUCUGCAGAGGACCAUUAAGAGUGCAAAAGCACAAGCUGGAGAAGGAAACAAACCAAACUCAGCCCAGCUGGAACUGAGAAUGGUCCAAAGCAAAAAGGACAUAGAAAACCCAGAGAUCAUAGUGAAAGCCACCGUGUUAUAAAGGCUGUACGUCUCCAAUAACGCA